AUGAUCCAGACGGCACGAUCCAGAGUGCUGUCUGUUACACCCACCUCCGUGGCUGACAGAAGGGAGGGUGGUUGGGCAGUGGUUGCUCCCCCUCCUCCUCCCAAACCCCCUCUUGCGCCUGGCCCCUUGCGCCUCGCAUCUCCUUUGUACCUAACUGCUGCUUCUCCCUUCAUUCUUCAUCUUCUUCUAUCUCGCUCAGCCUGUGUGGGGAUGCGCUGCUUUCCUCUCCCCCUCCCCAUCCAUCUGCCCCCCUCUGUCCUCAUCAAUCACUUGGCCCCUCCAAUCACUCUCCAAUCUUCUCUUCCCCCUCUCUCAUGCCCAUCCCCUCUAUCCAUACUGCCUACUGCGUCACCCCCUCCGGCCAUGACUGCCUCUGCCAUAACGGGCAAUGCAAGCACACCUCACAACCUAGCCCGGCCCUUCCUGAGCAUCCAUCUGUCCGUUUAUUCCCCUCCUCCCCACCACUCACACACCACUUGCCUCCCGUUCCACCUGCCCCUCCUGCCACAGUCGCGUCCCACCACUCACGUACCCGCUGCUCCCUACCCUUCCGACACCUCUGGCUCUUCCUUCCCCUCCUGCCCUCCCUGCCCCUCCAACCCUUCCUGCCCCGCCUGCACCUCUUCCCUCUCCCCCUCUCUGCCUCCAGAGCAUUGUGCGUAA